GUCAGUGUGCAGGUCUCGUUCUCUCAUGUCGCUUCAAUGAUGAAAUAUCCCAUGCGCCGUCCCCACUCAUUCCAGGGCCUUUCCUUUGCUGUCAUCUCCCAAUAUGUCCCCGAGUUGCGUUCAAUCACAACACGCUUUGCAGAUUUGGAGCAAGUGCCCAGUCUCGGAGACUCCAACCUCUGUGUUUCUUUCCACCGAUGAGCAAACAGUGACCGUUGCACAUGAUUCUGUCCUACACAGUAUUUCUGCUGUGAAGACCAACACGUGUGCAUUCAAAACCUUGGCUACAAGAGUGUACCACAAUCUGUAUGAACUCAUCAAAACCAAGCACCGGUUAUCGACAGAAUGCAAUCAUAUCUUUCGGACGCGGAGAUUACUGAGUCCCAGAUCAGCGCCUACGACGGGCACCACUGCACAGCCUGUUUCGCCUAGAUCAUACAGCCUCCUUGUGGCCGAGGCUGGCGACGCGAUCACCAAUAUCGGCACCUCAGGGGCCCAAAAGCACUCAACGGGUCUUCGUUUUUGCCGGGCGGGUUGCGUCUGCACAAGUAUGCGAUGGAUCCUCUUCGCUUGACGGUCAUAGCGCACAUGGCACAGGCACUUUCUGGUUUGGAACAAGUGCGCUGCUGACUCAAAUGACAUCGUAUUCACCUCGGGCGCGA